CCACCUCCCUCCCCCCAACCUUGCACUCGCUUGCUUUCCCAGGCAUGAGAAAUUGCAAAAUGGUCCGGGUGGCGAGUGUGCUGGGGCUGGUGAUGCUCAGCGUGGCUCUGCUCAUCUUAUCCCUCAUCAGCUACGUGUCCCUGAAGAAGGACAACAUCUUCACCACCCCCAAGUAUGCCAGCUCGGGGGUGCCCCGCAUGUACAUGUUCCAUGCCGGCUUCAGGUCCCAGUUUGCACUGAAGUUUCUGGACCCUUCCUUUGUGCCGAUCACCAAUUCUUUGACACACGAGCUACAAGAAAAGCCUUCCAGGUGGACCUUUAACAGAACAGCGUUCUUACAUCAAAGGCGAGAAAUUCUUCAGCAUGUUGAUGUGAUAAAAAAUUUUUCUUUGACCAAGAAUAGUGUUCGGAUUGGACAGUUGAUGCAUUAUGAUUAUUCCAGCCAUAAGUAUGUUUUUUCUAUUAGCAAUAACUUCAGAUCAUUGCUUCCAGAUGUCUCACCUAUCCUGAAUAAGCAUUAUAACAUUUGUGCUGUGGUUGGAAAUAGUGGAAUCCUUACAGGGAGUCAGUGUGGACAAGAAAUAGAUAAAUCUGAUUUUGUUUUCCGUUGUAAUUUUGCUCCAACUGAGGCUUUCCAGAGAGAUGUUGGAAGGAAAACCAACCUUACAACCUUCAACCCCAGCAUCCUGGAAAAGUAUUACAACAACCUUUUGACCAUUCAGGAUCGCAAUAACUUUUUUCUAAGUUUAAAAAAGCUUGAUGGGGCCAUUCUUUGGAUCCCAGCUUUUUUCUUCCACACUUCAGCAACCGUCACAAGAACAUUGGUUGACUUCUUUGUUGAGCACAGAGGUCAAUUAAAGGUCCAGUUGGCUUGGCCAGGGAAUAUAAUGCAACAUGUCAACAGGUAUUGGAAAAAUAAACAUUUGUCACCCAAGCGACUGAGCACAGGUAUUCUAAUGUACACCCUUGCUUCUGCUAUAUGUGAAGAAAUCCAUUUGUAUGGCUUUUGGCCAUUUGGAUUUGAUCCCAACACAAGGGAAGACCUCCCGUACCAUUACUAUGAUAAAAAAGGAACAAAGUUUACUACCAAGUGGCAGGAGUCCCAUCAGCUGCCUGCAGAGUUCCAGCUGCUCUACAAAAUGCAUGGGGAAGGACUCACUAAACUGACUUUGUCACGUUGUGCCUAAGAACUUCAAUCUCAAAGUGCCAAAUCGUUGGUUAAAAAGUGCCCAAAACUGAAUUAAACAUGCUUUGAACUAGAAUCCUAAAAAGAAAAAAAAUACUAAAAUAUUUUCCAUAAUCUAAAGAUUUUUAAUCACCCUUAUCAUAGCUUAUCAAAAGGUUUUAGCAUAUUUAGCAGUGCAGAAGUGGUUAUCAAAAUGUAUUGACAGUAUUCACAAAAUGGGGAAGUUUAAACCAGCAUUUCUCAACCCGUGGGUCAUAACCCAAAAGCGGGUCACAAGAUUAUAUGAAAGGGUCACAAACAGACUUUAAAAACGGAUUCUCCUUUAAAGGAGAAAAAUGUGGGAAACUUUGUCUUUUCCUUUUCAAGAUGGCAGAGUUCCAGCCUACAAGGGGCUGCUUGGUGCUCCCCAUGCCCCACACACUGGGGGGCUGGGACUUGGGGGCGGGGGUCAGUGGGUCAGUAUUGAGGGGCACUGGGUCAGGACUGACCAUUGAUGUUUACAAAUGGGUCUGGGUACAAAAAAGUUUGAGAACCACUGGUUUAAACUAUUUGUGAUUGAUAUUUUUCAUUUUUAGAUAUGCUACUAAACACAUUUUAAAAUAUUUUCAUAUCUAUUUAAAAAUGACACUAAAUGCCUCUCAAUCUCCAAAUUUUAAUGUUCCAUGAGGAUUAGAAUUAGAAAUAUUAAUUUGAAAAGAUUUUGCUUGGUUUACAUCUAUUAUUAUCAAAUUGUGCAACAUGUAUAUAUUACUAUGGCCACUGAAGAAAGUUGCUUAGUGUUAUAAUUUGCCAUCAAUUUCAGAUUAUUUAGACUAGAUCCUGAUUUCCACAGUGUGUAUAUUUUCAGGGGUAUUGAAUUUUAUAUCUGCCUAGGACUAGUAUUUAAGAGAGGUCAAAAUAUAGGCCUUGCCAUAGCUGAGUACAUACAUUACUCAUAGGUUAUUCAGUGUUUUAAUUCAAUUUGGGCCAGAUCCCAAUGCAUGGGAAUGUUGUCAUUGCCUUCAAUGCAACAGAAUUUGGCCCUUUGGUUUUAAAAUUGAGGUAGCAAGAUGAAUAAUAGCCAAUUUUUAAACUUUCUAUUCUGUGACGAAGAGGUCUAGGCAUCCAAGCAGGGUUCUUUUUCCCAUUAAUCCACAAAGUUUGUAACAGCUCCUUUGCAUUAGACUGUUCUAUUCUCAAACUCCCUUCCUCAAUGUGCUUGCCACAGUCCUCCUCUUCCCUAAGCACAUAAACCAUAUAUUCCAAAAUGAUUGCAAGAUGUAAGCUUACCACUUCAUAGCCAUUGCACUACCAAACAAAACCCUGCUUCUUCAAUGUGUUGUGUGCCAGUUCUGGAACCCACACACGAGGAUCUCAGUACAGGAUCCUGCCUAUUAUAGACAUUAGAUUGUUCUUUCUUUCUUUCUCUCAGUACCGCUGUACUUCAAGCGUUGGUAGUCUGUAUGUUUGGGGAAUGCAUUAUAUUAUAUUCUAAAAUAUGCCAUCCCUAUAAAAUAGUCAAAACACUGUACCCCAUCUUUUCAUGCACCCCCCAAAAUUUGCUGAAACCAGGCAAUCACUGUAUUGCUUUGCAAACAGUGAACAGAAUGACACCUGGAAAAAAAAUAUAACAAUGAAACAUAGUUAAAUGGUAGAUUUAUUUAGGAGAAAUGAGAGUAAGAUUAAUGUAGACAAUCAGAAAUAAAAUUACUAGAUACAAUUUUCAAAUUUGGAUGAUUCAAUUCAUAAUUAGUCAAGUAAACUAGGAGCCUGGUUUUCACAGAUGAUGUGCACUCACUGAAGUCAAUGGAAGAUACAGGGUUUUAAGCACCUUUGAAAAUCAGGCCCCUUAUUUAGGUGACUAAUUCUUAGGUCCCAAAUUUUAAAAAUAUUGACUAUUAAGUCUAAGGUAAAUACAAUAGAUUUUCAAAAUAAUUUUUUUAUUAGAUUGAUUAUUCUAUAUUUUAACUCUUUUUUUAUGAGUCCAUGUGGUAUAACUAUGCCCUGGAUGUAGAUAUGACAUGCUGCUAUUUCAAUUUUUCUAAGAUUAAUUAUCCACAAAACAGAAAUAGAAAAUAAGAAAGAAAUUCUCUAGUAUAAGCUAAAGAAUACAUGGAUCAAUAUGCAUUCAUUUUUGCGUCUCCUUGGAACCUGUUGAAGGCUCUGCAAGGGCACGAUUCCACUGGCUUAAGAUGGCCAUGCCAACACCAGUGAAGAAUGGAGAUGGGGGCUGGUACUCUAUUCAGCCUACUUCCCCAAGCAUCUCUGGUAAAAUAUUGGUCCUAACAAAGUCAGUGACUUCCAUAGGGCAAAUUUUUACCCUUAAUACCCAGUAACUAAAGCUCCCCAUCUUGACUUCUAACGCUCCCUUUCUAGGAUUCACAUAAAAGGAGAACAUGAAGCCCAUCACUCUCACAUUGCAAAAGCUUUCACAUGCACUGAUUCUUAUCUUUUUAUGGUGGGAAAGGUGUUUCCGCCCUGUGAUUCCUCCAAUUCAGCCUGUCUUGCACAAAGUUAUUAAAAUAUCAUUGCUAACUAUGGGGAACAUAAGCCCCAUUCAGUGAAUGGAGAUCCCGAAACAGCAGUUUUAAAACCAUUUUGAAAAUUCCUCCUUUCCUCCCAAUUUUUACUGGAGGAAAGGAUGUAAAUCACCCCAGAUUUCCUGGGUUUUUGUUUUUUAAUGGAAAUUUCAAAGUCUUAAGGAUGAGUUUCAAACUUGAUUGAAUCUCUCAGAACAUAAAGCACACAAUCAUAAUGUUAGUGAGGGUCAAAACAGACAUCUGGUUUCUCUUGGAUCUAAGUGUCCUGGGCUUUAACUUUCAUCAUGACAAGAGUGGGGACAGUUGUCUACACAUGCACCUUGAAUGGUAUUUAACUCAAAUUCUCUCCAAUUAUUCUGGGAAAAAGUGUUAUAUCAGAUACUUUCUAAGUCCUAAAAGUAGAACAAUGGACUUGUACAUCUGCAGGGUACCAGAAUAAAAGGCUUUGUCCUGGGAGAAAGCCUAAAUGACUUACCCCUCAUUAUUGCAGUUGCAUAAAUUUGCAUGGGUAUUCCUGAUACCUCAAAUGUUCCUUGCUUGUACUAACUAAUUCAGUAUUCAUGCACUACAGUAUGACUUCUUCCAAGUAUUAUCAUUAAGAAUGUACCAUGUUGCUAUACAUACUAUUACUUGUGUGGCAGUAGCAUGUGGCAAUCCUAAUCAGAGUUCAGUUGUGCUAGGCACAGAAAGAAUGGGCUCUUCCUCAAGAGUUUACAAAUUAAGAUAUCACCAGGUGAAGGAACUAGGUUGCAGUCAAACCCUUCAGCAUGUAAAUAGCCCCACUGAAGUCACUCGAGUAAAGCUUUGCAAGAUCAGGCCCAUACCUUGUGACUCCUGUACUGCAAACUAUUAUAUAACAUUAUUGGGUGAAAAUUGUUGCAUUGUGGGGUGAUUGUUAUUUUGUGCUGUAAUGGUUGAUACUCUUGAAGUUCAGUGAGAUGCACUGGGAGACAAGGAUAGAUAUACCCUUCCCAUGCACAGGGCAUUUUCUACUAGUGGCACUGCUAUGUUCUUUGGACGAAACUCUUAUAUGAUAUCCACCAAAGUCAGCAGCAAGUUGCUAUGGUAGCUGGCAGAGCAGGAGGGAGAAAAAAGCAACAACCUCAAAAACUAAGUUAUAGGGAAAGGGGCCUUUUCCUCCCUCAUGCUUUAUACAUGGUAAGGGUAAAAUGUUCUUUUUUUUUUUUUUAAAGGAAAAAUACACUUCAUGUAGAGCAGGGUUUGCAUUAAUUAUGAAUGAGGUGCAUCAUUAAUCUUUUCCAAUGUACUUUACUAGUGGAUUGUACAAUAAAUGUGUGUUUGCUAAGAUGGGUUAAUCCCUUUGUAAUUCACUGGUAUGUAUAAUAGUCUAACUUGACAUGCACACAUAGUUGCCAGUACACGCUUAAUUCUCCAGACAUUCUAGCAUGCUAUGUACUGUGAGGAGAGGGAAUUACUGUCCCACAAAGCUCAGCCGCUAGAUAAUAGGAAGUAAUGCUGGAUGCUU